AUGAAGAGUCCGCGCUGCAGCCCCACGCGAGAGGUGACCCACGUUUUCGAACACCAAAUCGACAUGGAACGGAAGCUCGACAGAUACAGGAAAAGUCUGUCAAUGCGCCCUGAUUUCAACCUCCUUGAUUUCUGGAGGCUGUUCGACACAACUAGCAAAGGAUAUUCGACCGCGAGAGAAGUUGUCGAUGCCAUGAAUGCCCUUCACGUCCAUGUCUCUCCCCACGAGGCGCACUUGUUCAUCAAACACUACUCAAAAGCAGCAGACGGCAAAAUCCGCUACGUCGACGUUUGUAACGCUUUCAUGCCAAAGGACCAACGCUACGCUGACAUCAUGCAGAACCGGCUCCCUGACUACAGGCAGUACCAAUGCAUAAGCCCCCAGAAGCAUAUGUCAGCUGAAACGCGAGAUCUUGUCGCCGAGGUCUUUCAUCUCCUAGUUGUGUCUGAGGUGCAGUCGGAGUCCAUGAGGCAUCAGUUCGCAUCUCAGAAUCUGUGGCAAACAUUCAAGCUACUCGACAAAGACAACGACGGCUAUAUCACUGUAGACGAGUUCAAGAGCGCCCUCAGGGACAACAACAUCUAUGCGUCUGAGAACGAUGCUAAGGCCCUGCUUGCUCGCUAUGACACGUCUAUGGACGGGCGCGUUUCCUAUGCCGAGUUCGUCAAUGAGUUGGGCAUCACUCGAUGCCCGCGGAAUCUUUGCAAAUUUGCUUGUACCUGCCCCAUUUAA